AUGGUUUUUUUUUUACCUUAUUUUUGGAUCACUGUAGCGUCCUUUCAUCAGAUCAACGGUGGUACACACCCUCACCCCGGUGCCACUUCAUCGCACGGUUCAGACAAAUCUCGUUCAAGUCACAGUGCAGCAUCUCCGGCUGUCAAACACACAGGUCACGGAUUGCGGAAAGCAGUUUCGUCCAGUAACUUGCCACAACACAGAGUCAAACGAUCCUUGCAUACUUCCGAUUACUUGGCGGCAGCCAUUGAGCUUAAUUCUAGCCCCAAUGUCGCUCCAGCUCCGGCAGCAGGCAUGUAUUGGUCGCGUGCUAUCACCUAUGGUCGAGGCCCAUCACGUCCUUUAAGAGCACACACGGCCAAUCUGAUCGGGGAACAGCUGUAUGUAUUUGGAGGCUGUGAUAUCAAGUCGUGUUUUAAUUCGCUGUACAUUUUGGAUAUGGACACACUCACAUGGUCGAAACCUCGUGUAUCGGGACAGAUCCCACCUCCAUGUCGUGCGCAUUCCUGUACCGUUGUCGAUAAGGACUUAGCGUCUGGAAAACGAUCCACCCAUCUUUACGUGUUCGGCGGUGGCGAUGGACCCAAUUACUUUAACGAUCUGUAUAUUCUGAACAUCGGUAUGUAUGAGACCACAAAACCAUUGUCAGUAGCUGAGGCAUUUGAAACCGUAUUCAUAUCUCACUACUCCACAAUCUCGGUAGAUACCUUGACUUGGUCAAAACCUCCCAUGGAAGGCACUAUACCCUCGCCGAGAAGAGCCCAUGCGACGUGUUUAUGGAAUGAUAAAAUCAUCGUUGUAGGUGGAGGUGACGGUGCAAGGGCGUUGGCUGAUGUCCACGCUCUGGACAUCUCCGAUCCAGCCCAUCUGCGCUGGACGCAGCUCAAACCAUCCGGGACUCCACCCAUUGCGAGAGGAUACCACACAAGCAAUCUUGUGAAAGAUAAAUUGAUCGUCUACGGCGGCAGUGAUGGUCACGAAUGUUUUAGUGACGUUCACAUUCUGGAUCUAGUUGACAACCGGUGGAUUCAUGUGGACAUUGAUCGUGCUGUGCCACGAUUGGCUCACACCGCUACUCAGGUUGGAUCUUAUAUUUUCGUCAUUGGAGGACAUGACGGAAGCCGGUAUUCCAAUGACGUUUUGUUGCUAAAUCUUGUGACUAUGAGCUGGGAAUCUCGAAAGAUCUAUGGAGGCGCACCCACACCGCGCGGUUACCAUACCACUGUAUUGCAUGAUUGUCGUCUCUAUCUCUUGGGUGGAUUUGACGGUAGAAACGUAUUUGAAGACGUCUAUGUACUCGAAUUGAGUGCAUGCGCUUACUUGCCUCAAAUCACCAACUUUGAAGUGGAUGCAUGA